CAGUGAUGCUAUUGAUCGAGCUGAAGACAUAAUUUUAAUAAAUAUAAUCAAAAAGAAAUCAUAUAAUGUAUAGAAUGAGAAGGUCUAUAGGAGCGUUGUCUUGCCUCGUCGCAAUAGUUUAUUGUUUUGUGAAAAUAAAAGCACAAAAUAUAGAAACAAGAGCACACCAUUCUCUUUCUCCGGUAAAAUCAGAUUUAUCUGUGAUUCAUUUCGGAGCUUCAGUAGUGGUUAAAAAGACUGCGUCGAAUUCUCAAGCGUUUGUUGGCGCACCGUUGGACGAGAGAAAAAAUGGAUCUUUGUAUAAAUGUACAUUUGAUGGGAGAACUAGCGGAAGUAGUCUGUGCAUUAGGGAGACUGCGUUCGAUAAAACUGGGGCAAUGGGAAUUUCUAUUAGCAUGAACACCGAUGAUGAAAAUAUAUACGUAUGCGGAAAUCAACACGUCAUCAACUGUCCAAAAUCUCAGCUACAAAACCGAAUGAUUGGAGCGUGUUAUAAAAAAUCGACAACCACAUCGGCAGUUACUUUGCUUAAGUCCCCUUGCACGACUGCCUGUCCCACGGAAGGAUUAACUGCCGACAUCAUUUUCGUGGUGGACGAAUCGGGAAGUGUGGACGUAGACGAAUAUCGGGAUUCAUUAAACUGGAUGAAACAAGUUAUUUCAUCGUUUAGGUCUUAUAUCGAUAAAGGUGACGUUCACGUUGGUGUCAUUGGCUUCAGCAGGCUGAACAAUAUUGACACAAAAGUCCGGAUCCGGUUACAAGCGUGGUCAUAUACCUCGCUUACAAGCCAAAUUAACAAUAUGGUUAAUGUGAGAUCGCUGAAUGGAUUGACGUACAUUGGAUACGCGAUAAACUUGACAAUUACUGAGUUUGACGACCACGGCCGCGAAUCUGUUCCGAAAGAAAUGAUUUUGCUUACAGAUGGUGCUGCCACCAAGCCUGAAAACGUUAAACCUGCUGCCGAAAGGGCCAGGGCCAAUGGAAUUGUAACAGUUUCAGUGGGGGUCGGGAGUCGUGUAGACGAAACACAACUUCUGACAAUUGCCGGGAACGCUUCUCGUGUGUUUAAAGCAACUAACUACGACAACCUGGAUAGCGUUGUAGAAGGAGUUAAAUCUACUAUACAAGAUACAGCAUCGGUUAAAUUAGAAGGUGACAUUACGAAUACCACCAAUGAGCUUGCUGAAUGCCAACUUGGAAUUUCAUCUCAUGUUACAAAGAACAACAAUAUGUACGUUGGUGCGGUUGGUUCGUAUGAUAGAGCAGGAGCUGUGGUCGAUUACAGCGCGGUUGCAGGAAGCGUAUCGACGCAAUAUAGAAGCGUGUUGAACAUUACACAAUACGCCAAUAUAGCAUCUGCAAGCGGAAUAAGUGCCAAUCUAUCAGACACAUAUCUCGGUUACUCUGUUACGAGCGGGAACUUUUUUGGAGGAAAUGGUGAAUAUGUUGCAAGCGGAGCUCCGAGAUACAACUCAAAAGGGAUGGUCGCUGUAUACGAAGCAAACAAUGUAAUGGAGUCGUCGUCCAAGUUUCUUCUUCUGCAUCCGAGUGAGACGUCUGGUUUGUGGCAAUUAGGAGCUUAUUUUGGACAUUCUGUGUGUGCUGUGGACAUCAAUAAAGAUUCUCUCGACGACUUAAUUGUUUCUGCACCGUUAUUCAAUGACGUUGCUACAGGUUAUGACCAAGGACGAGUUUUCGUUUACAUCAACGAUCCGAAAGACACCAAGUUACAGAAAUGGGUAUCUGCGUCAUACCACCCACAAAUGCUCAGUGGAUCAAACGCGAAAGGAGCUCGAUUUGGAAUGUCAGUCGCAGUAGUUGGUGACGUAGAUUUAAACGGAUAUGACGACAUAGCAGUGGGAGCACCAUUUGAGGAGAUUUAUUCAACCGGUAGCGGCACUGUUUACAUUUAUUUCGGCUCCAGCGAGGGACUGAUUGAAACACGAAAACAGCGCAUAUUGGGAAAAUCUGUUUCGCCAUCAUUAAAAACAUUCGGCGGGUUUAUUACAUCCGGAGCAGGAUCCAAGAAUGACGUGGAUGGAAACGGAUAUUCUGACGUUAUAAUAUCAUCACCUGCCAGCGAUAACAUCAUUAUCUUAAGGGCUCGACCGAUUGUGAAAGUUCAAACACAAAUCACUUUGAAACCUCCGUCUAUCGACUUAAUCAACUGCCUUAGUAGCUCAGUUGCUCCUUGUACAAGUGCAGCGGUGUGCUUGUCCGCAUUCUACACGGAUAACCGAACUUUAACAGCACCAGCACCUCUUAAUGUUACUAUGAAGUUGGAUUCUUUACUGGGCAACCCAGUUAAUAAAAGGCUCGUGUUCGCUGGGACAACGUCAUCCACCCAUACAAUGGUGUAUAACGUCACUUCGCGAAGUUCAUGCUUCACUUUGCCGGUUCGACUAAACUCAGCAUAUUUUGCAUCGACUUUAUCUACGGGAGAUUUCGGGAUAGCGGCCCGAGUCGAAGCCAGCUAUGAUUAUACGGUGAACCAUAAAAACACGAUCAUGUCAGCAGUCAUUGACCCCUUGUUGCCAAGGGUUACUACAGCAGACUGGACGUUAGAAAAGCAAUGUUCCGAAAUAAAUGGGACGAGAUGCAGUCACGAUUUGAAAAUAGAAACAGUAUUUUCCGUGCCAUCACUCGGAGAACCUUUGAUUCUGCGUUCGAAUCCAGGAAUAAUAUCGAUCAAUGUAACGAUCACCAAUCUUGGUCCCGACCAUUCCUACUUUACAAGGGUUAACGUCGUUGGAAAUCUUGAUCUAAACAAGGUUGUCGGUGCAUGUGUUACCGUAGCUCCAACUAACACACCAAAUGACACAACUGUGAGUUUCAAGUCGGAAAACUCAAUUUUGCAAGGUUUUAUGCUGAAAGGAGAAAAGUGUUCUUUUAUAUUGGAAUACUCGCUACUGUCUUUAACGAAAAGGGCAAUGGUGCAAGAUAUUCUACUAAAAGGAUCCGUGUAUUCCGGCGUCAACGACACAGCUAGCGUUAUAGACCCCAUCAUGCACAACAACCAAUUCGAGUUCCGUAAAAAAGUUUUGUACACGGCCACAAUCGUUCAGACUAGCAACUCGGCGCCGAACGCUAUGUUCUAUAACCGCACCGAUUCCACUACAGCAAGCAUUUAUAACAUCAGUAAUAGUUAUUUAGGAGACUCAAAAUAUGCUGUGUUUCACAACCACUCGGUUUACAAUAGAGGGCCAAACCNNNUUGCAAAAGCUUCUCUUGUGUUUACAUGGCCAAGACAAACCAAGGAAGGGCUACCACUGUUAUAUCUAUACAAUUUCCAAUGCUUACCUUCAACUUUGUGUCAUUGUGAAACGCUGAACAAAGUAAACGAAUACGGACUUGCGAUAAACAACGAAACAGGUUUGAAAAAUAUUUCAAUCGACUUCAAUUCUAACACAACUCUACCGAGUGAAACUACCUGCAAUGACGUGGAAUGCGACUCCAUCAUGUGCAGUGUCGAGCAACUUGGAAAGUUCUCCACAGUUGUGGUGACGUCAUCAUUUAAAGUCUGGUUGCCAACAUUAACACAGAAUAAACUCGUAACAAAACUCUCAAGCAAGACCAGUCUUAAUGUAACGGAUUCUCCCAUCUAUAAUGCAGCAGCAACAACAACAAAGGCAACUACUGUUGUAUCAGAAUACGUUCCACCGGUUCCAGUAUAUGAAAGCGAAAUCAACUUAGGACUUCUCAUAGGAGCAAUAGUUGGUGGAAUUUGUUUGCUUGUUGCUAUCGUUCUUAUCAUGUGGAAGGUAUAUUUAAUCUAAUUUUAUCACCUGUUGUUUGGUCGCUAUAUCCUGUCUUUUCGUUUAAAAUAUUUCUAAAUCUUCGCUACCGUAACCG